AUGGCGAUAUCCAUGCGACUGGUGCGCGAAGUCAGGGCCGCCACCAAAUAUUGCCAAACACUUCGGAACUUGACGACUGCAAUGGUUGGUUGUCCUAUGUGUGCUACGUUUUGGCAAAAAAUGUUGAUGAUGUUGAUAUCGGGAUACCUUUACAUCCUGAUAUUUAAUGGUGCAUACUCGUAUAACUAUUCCAACUCCAUCAUCAAGCAAUGCAAUUGGAAAACCUUAAAUUCUUGGGUAACACUGCGACUUGCAACAAAAUGA